AUGGAAGAUGGGAAACUAAGAGUUGGUUCGUCUGUGCUUGUUGUUGGGAAGAACCUUAAAGGGACUGUUGCUUAUAUUGGAACAACUCAAUUCUCGCCUGGAAAAUGGGUUGGUGUUGUCUUGAACGAACCUCUGGGCAAAAACAACGGAACUGUCCAAGGAAAACGCUAUUUUGACUGCCAGGAAAACUGUGGAUUGUUUGUGCGGGUCCCACAAUCGGCCAAGGGUUCUCCACAAGUCCCUAAACUGUCGAUUCAAAAACCGCCUUCUCAAAACCCUACCAAUGAAUCACUGGUUGAGAUGAAAGGUAAUACGAGUAUUCCGCGCCUUAAUGAACCGACGAAACCCUUACCUGUGUCUCCAGCAUCUCCUAAGGCUCAACCAGAGCCCUCGGUGACAGUGGUCGACACCAUACCCGUUGAAAUUCGCGCAGAACUUGAAAAUCUCCGCGCUGAGGUCAAGGAUGUCACCGAGAAACUAGAAGUCAUGAAAGCAAAGCGCGCCGAAGACCGCGUCAAGCUCAAGGAGGCGGAAUCUCUGAAGAUACAACUAGCCCAACUUGAAGAAAACCGCAAGUUAAUGCAGGAGAAGUCUGCUGAUCUGCAGCGCCAAGAGGCCGCUGAAAAGCAGGCAGCCUUCGAUCGAUACAGGGAGGAGAUGAGUGACCUCACGGAUACAGUUGAAAUGGCCACUUUGGACAAAGAGAUGGCUGAAGAAAAACUUGAAUCUGUCAACAUUGAAUUAGAAAGCCUAAAGGAAAAGGUGGAGGAGCUUCUUCUGGAAAAUCAAAUCCUGAAAGAGGAGCAGGCUAAUACGCCGCUGCCAUCUGGGGAUGGUGAAUCGACGGGAGGUCCAACCCUGGCACAAAUGAAGCAGCUUGAACAGCAGAAUGAACGCAUGAAGAUGGGCCUUGUUACGUUCCGAAACCUAGCCAACCAGGACAAGCAAGAGAUCGCCUCUCUCACUAAGGAGGAAAUGUUUCCUGGCAUUCUCGUCGGUUUGUUAAAAAAGCCGGAACUAUUUCCUUUGUUAAUGGUUUCGUGUCGUGUUGCUGCCUUACAGUCCGAGGUUUCCUGUCUGAACACAGAGAAGGAGCGCCUGACCGAAGAACUUAAGCAGGCUCUGGAGCACACAAUUGAACUGAAGGAACAAGUGGACGCUGCUCUCGGAGCCGACCAAAUGGUCAGCGUUCUCACUCAAAAGAACCUCGAAUUGGAGGAUAAAGUGGAAAAACUCACUGAAGAGAGGAAUGACUUGGAAUCGCUGUGCGAAAUGAACGACGAGCUUCUUGAGGGUGAACGCGAAAGGCAACUUGACUUGACGGAGCAAAUCGAGCUCGCCCGGGGCCAGAUACGCGAGCUGUUGCGUCAGCUGGAGGCUAACAAGGAGACAGUGGCUGACUACGAGUUGACAAUAUCCAAGUUCCGCGAAGUCGUUACUCAACUUCAGACGCAAAACACCCAUCUCAACCAGUCCCUUGCUGACGCCCGUCGGACUGCAAGCUCCGCCAGCCUCGUUGCCAUGGCUGCCGAUCAGUCGGCUACCGCGGCUGAGGCGUCUGCGCUCAUGCUUGGUCACAUACCGGGACGGCAGCCGGAGGCACAGACCAUCGCUAAGGUAAUUGAAACGGAACUGCGAAAGCUCGACGCCGAACAAGGUGCUCAACACGUGGAAUGGCUCUCUGGCUUCUUGCCGGAAUCCUUCAGUCGUCGUUCAGGCGAUCAUGAUGCCAUCCUUCUGCUGCUCCUUGUCAGUCGCCUUAUUUUCAAGUGUGACCUUCUUGCGACUCAGGUUCGGAAGCGCUACCCCCUGCCCACUUGUAUUCGCGGUCUGGCCUCGACAACUGGAUUACCUGCUUCAGUACCAGCCUCUCCAUUGCCGGUCAAAUUCACCACCGGAGGAGAUGAAAUUGAUGAGGUGGACAUCUUCAAAACGCAGGGUGAAUUGGCCAGCUUCACAUCGUUUCUUAUUCUUCUCCUGCGGUACUGGCAAGGAUUGCUGCUACAAUUUAAAAGUGUUCUGUCGUCGUGCUGCGUGAACCGUUUCUCGAAGCUCGUCACCCUCUACGGCGAUUUGUCAAUGGGCCACGAACAAACUCUUAACCACCUUCUAGACCUCUGCAAGCGUGACCAACUAGAUGAGACGGUCUCCCUCGAAGAUCUUGUAUCCUCUGUUAAUUUCUUUGUCAAUGUCCACACAAUCCACGUGAUACCCGUGCUCCAGGCGAAUCCGGAUUCCAUGGACUCCACCGAAAUCAUAAGCAGCUUUGCUCACAUCGUUCUCGCUUGUUCAGAGGCCAUCACUGUGGAUGCCACUUGCCUAGCCGCGUUCACCGGUCUACCGUUUGAGAUUGUGGAUUCUGAGGGCGAGGCGGAUGUUGACGCCGGUCUGCCGAAACUCAUCAAUCAACUCGGACAAAUGAGUUCCUCGAUUCGCGCCAAUGCCCGAAGCAUUCGUCGCCGGUUGCCAAGCAACACGGAGGCUCAACCGCUCUGCCUCCCACCGAGUCAAUCCUCCUGUCUUGACUUGGCGCUGCACAAACUUGUUAUUUGCGCUCGCUGCCUCUUCGCCACUACCAAGAGCACUGGUCAGAUGGUGGCCACUCAAAUGGCCGAGCACACUUCACUGGACACCUCAGUCGUGCUCCGUGAGUGCCUCGUACCGUCCACGAAGAUGGUUCUUUCAGAAACCGAUAUACCAGCUGGCAACACCACCCCAGUGGAAUCGAGUCUCGUGGCCAUCCUGGAAGGCGUCUCCAGACAGGUCUCGGCCACUGCCUCUGCUAUGGAACACGGUGAAUACGACUUCGAUGGCACCAAGAAAGCUAAGAAACAAGAACCCAUAGUGCUGCGUGCGGUUGCCUACAAACGAGCGCAAUCAGAUUUGGAGAGUUGCCGUGGGAAGUUGGAAUUGAAAGAGGAGGAGGUGCGAGAGUUGCAGGUGGCGCUUAAGAAGCGCGCUGACGAGAUCUCGGAAUUGACGGUUCGCGUCAACAUGGCCGAAAAGAAACUCGAGACCUCAGGCAAGGGCAAUCUGGAGAAAAUUAUCCGUCUUGAACAGCGCCUCCAAAUGAUGGAAAACGAACAGAAACAGACCGAAAAGUAUGUGAUUUCUAUCUUUUUUUUUUCACUUAAAUGCUCGGAUUACGAACAUGCAAUCGAUGCAAUGAACAGUGAUGUAGAGAAACUCAAAAAGGAGAAUAUUGACCUUAAGGAACGACUUCGAAAAAUGAGCAAAAAUGCUAUUCAUUUUGGCGUUGCGGAGUCGUCAAGUUCUUCUGCCGCCCAAUCGUCAACAGACCAAACCCUGGACGUGAGUGGAACACCCACCGGUUCAUCGCCAAUGACCUUGACCUCGAAGCUGUCGGCUUACAAAGAAGCCUCGGUUUUGCUUAAUGAGAUCGAGGUGCUUCGUGAGGCACUGAAGUACGUAUCGUCAGAGAACGUAAAACUUAAAGGUCGUAAAUUCCAUGUGAGUUUUCUUAGUUCUAUUGUCUUCCCGCAGACGCUCACCGCAAUCGAGCAAGUUGCGGCACUCAGGCCCCUGCUCAUUCCCCAUCGUGGGUGCAAAGAAAAGACCCAAGCUGUUGAUGAGGGCAAAGAGAAUCAGUCUCCGACGCUAACCCAAUUGACUCGUCAGCUGAAAGCGGCAGUGUCGCUGUAUCACAAUGUGCUCGCUACCACGAGCCUCGUAAAGCUGCCGUCCGGUGGCAUCGCCAAGCCCAGUGAAACACCCGAAGCCCAACUUGCUUAUCAAACUGAGCGCCUUGUUCAAGCCAAAAAUGAACUGGAAAAGGCCCAAGAAGAUCUUCUGUCAUUUGCGAUGUCGAAACCCGGGUAUGGGGCUGUGAAGGCUGACUUCGCGACUUUCGCCUCAUCUCGAACUGCACACAAGUUGGGCCUAGAGACGUCGUCGGAUGGACGCUUGAUAGGACGCAUCACCGUUCCUCGCGGAGCCGACACCACUUCCGAUGUGACCCAACGACUCUCCGUCUCCUCUGAUGAACUGCGCGCCCUCAUGUUGGCUCCGUUCCCACGCUAA